AUGUUCGCACCAUUGCAUGCGAUGCGCUCGCGACCCACGCCCGCGCCCGACGAGACCUUUCAAGAAUGGAAUGAGAUCCGGCAACUCUCGCCCGAAGCGUGCUUGCUGCGCAGCGUGUGCGUGCUCCAGCCCGUCGAGUCGUACGACUCGAUGGCAGCGUACGCCCGGUCGCUCUUCCCGGACGUGUACCGCGCGGUGGCUGGCUCGGCGUCGCCCGAGAUCCUCGAAGCCUGCGUGGAGCGAGCACUCCGCGCGCGCACGCUGCGGCAAACCGAAGACUACUUUGCCAACGUUACCGCCGUGCUCGAGAGUCUCGUGGACCCGCUGACGAUGCAAUACCAAACGAGGCUAUAG